AUGGUUGCGCCAGCUGUCCCCGAACUCUACGAAGAGGAAGACCUCUUCGCCGCUGUCGAUGCACGUACUGAAUCACUACAGAACUUGCGGGAAUUAGGUCCGCCGGACCUGUUACUAACGGAGUGUUCACUAUCACAGACCGGAGUCUAUCACCAUGUCACGGGCAUUGAUGCUUCUUCUUCCGCUAGCUUAGCUGCCUAUGUAAAUACGCUAACCUUCUCCCCCCUCGAUAAGACGCACAAAGUGGUUUCAGGAAUAUACUGCUGCUACAAUGCCUUCUCGCACCUUGACAUGCGCGUCGAAGUCAAAAUUCCCGGUAGUCUCGAGAGCUACUGCAUUGACGAGCGCGGGGAUAAACGUGUUGCAACUGAAGCCCUAUGGCUAGAGACGUUUCUGUGUGGAGUCUUGCGAGCUUAUACCUAUGCGGACGAUGGUAGCGGAGAUUCGAUUCGAAAGAUUGUCGGAGUGCGUCGAUUCAACCCAGUCACAAAUACAGAGAUGGAGCACAAGUUCAUGGAUGCUGCGGAACGUCUUUUCUUCUUGGGUAGGCAGCUGAGCUCCGAUCCUGAGACUCAAGUUCCCAACACUGUCAGCAAUCAUCUUACUUCGGGCCUUUUGAAAUACAUUCGAACAACGGGACGCUACACAUCUGGCAUAAAUCUUCUAGAAAAACUCCGCAUACGGGAUGUUGAGGUCUCUUCCCUGCUAGCCCGGGUCCUUAUAAUGGCAGAUGAGGAGGUGCAAGCAGUGCGGCUGAUGUACGACUCACUGCAGGACGUCCCCAUGGACUAUGCAUUGCUCGACUGCCAGGCAGCCUUCUGUCAGAGUAAGGGAGAGAGUGAAAUGGCUUUGGAGUGCGCGAAGCGAGCCGUGACUGCUGCACCUAGCGAAUUCAGCACUUGGGCACGACUGGCUGAAGUGUAUGUGAACUCGGAACAAUGGGACCUCGCACUUCUUACAUUAAAUUCAUGCCCGAUGUUUACGUACCAAGAUAAAGACACCCCUCGCAUGCCACAACCGUCACGCAUCAUGCUUCCUAUCCUCGCAGAGAGUAUGUUGGACGAGAUCGAUGAGGGUCAGCCAAAGCAGGGGGACCCGCAUGACUAUGUCCAUCCUUCUCUACGAAGACUGCACGCUUCCGCAUACCAGGGGACGUUUCUGAAAGCAUAUAACCUCUUGACUAAGAUUGCUGCCGCGAUCGGCUGGGAUCAGCUUUUGAAGAUUCGCAGUGAAGUGUUUGUUAUGGAAGAGGAGUAUCGAGUCGAAAGGCAGCAUUCAAAGUCGAUACGACGCAGCAGUUCUAUAGCGACCAAUGGUAACGAAGACCAGCAAAAUGGCACCAAUGCUGAGGAACAGGAUGAAAAUCCGGAAACCACCCCCAGCGAAAACAAAGAGGAGCAAGCUGGAGACUCUAUCGAGAAGCCAGAACAAACAAUGGCCUCUGAGGUCGUGAAAUCUGGCAAGGAAGAACCCGACCCGUCGCAUUCAUCAUACACACAGUUCCGCAACAAGCGUCUCUGCGAGAGGUGGCUCGAUAAUCUCUUCAUGGUUCUCUAUGAGGAUCUUCGCAUUUACACCAUCUGGCGCACAGAGAUGGCUCAGUACCGCCAGCAGGCUAUUGAAUACAAGAAGUCUGCCACGGAAUGGGAAAUUCUAGGCGAAUUAGCAGAGCGACUGCAUCACUUCGACGAGGCGAUCGAGGCCUAUCAACACUGCAUGGCCAUCCGAUUCUCUCCCAAGGCCAUGCGGGGCGUUCUGAAGUUGUAUGAGAGUAAGCACGAUACAAGAGGGAUGCUCGGCGCAUUGAUUAGACUCAUUGCCUGGCAGUACCGCUGGUACUCAGAGUUCUCUCCCGAAUUACUCUAUCUUAUCCGCAAGCUCAUCGAGGACGAAGGUGCCGUCAAGGUGCGCAGCAUUGUCCAGGCGACCAAUCUGCCACAGCCCGUACUUGAUCUCACCCAUCAAUAUUGCCAACUGUGCGCCACUUUCCGUAGCAGCGGCAGCGAUGGCUAA